AUGUUCAAAGAGCAAAGGUGGAAUCUAUACCCUACAAAUAACUUUGCCACAAUAAGCCUUUUCAAAGAAGAAAGGACUUUGAAUCUACCUGGAAGACACUGCGCGGCCCCUGUCCCGGGUCCUUCGGGCUCCUUGUGCGCGCUGCUCGCACUGCUGCUGCUGCUGACGCCCCCAGGGCCCCUCAGCCCAGUUGGUCCUGUCGCUGCUGCGUUGAGAGAGCUGCGUUGCAGUUGUUUACAGACCACGCAGGGAGUUCAACCCGAAAGGAUCAGUAAUCUGCAGGUGUUCGCCAUAGGCCCGCAGUGCUCCCAGGUGGAAGUGGUAGCCUCCCUGAAGAACGGGACGGAAGUUUGUCUCGAUCCACAAGCCCCUUUUCUAAAGAAAGUCAUCCAGAAAAUUUUGGACGGAAGGACAGAAGCAGCAUCUCCCAGAGUGCUGCCUGCCUCAGAAACUCCGGCAUCCCUAGCCCCCUCAGGCCCAGGACUUGAGGCCCCGCUGUAUCAGUGCUGCCUUCUGGCUGGAGUCACAGCUCCCUCCACCGAGGAGCAGGUGGAGAAUGUCCCUCUAGGUAAAGGUGCCGGCAGCUUCUCCAGGACACCCUCCCCACUGUCAGUCCCCCUCCCCCAACCUCUUCUUUCCACACUGCCCCCUGAAUUCAGGGAAUUUCCCCAGCAUCCCAAAGCUUGA